CUAGAAAACUUGUCUCUUUCUCCGCUCCGCUGUUUGUAAUUGAGAACGGGAAACCCUUGCAAUAUCUGCGCUGCUUCUCUUCUAUCAUCCUAGAAAUUGGCUUUCAGGUCGAUUAAGCAAUCAAAACGAGUUUCCGGUUAUCGUUUGGGUUGCAUAUUGUGUUCUGUUAAGCUUCAACGAUUAAUCUGGUUCAUACCUUACGUAGCAGGCACAGAGGCACUGGAUUAACGACUCCGCUUUCUGUAAAGUUUCUAGGGUUUUCGGUCCAGGAGAAUCCAAUCCGUUGAAUUGAAUCCGAGGAUUUCUGAUGGGACGAAAAAAGCCGACUGUUCAGGACGGGGAGAAUCUACCUGCAGGAGGGAAAUCGAAGAAGAAAGCGGUUGUGAUUGAUGAUGAUGAGUAUUCAGUUGGCACAGAACUGUCAGAGGAGCCCCUAGUUCAAGAGGUGAAGGUCUCUAAUCCGGGAAAGAAGGGUAAAAAGGGUAAUUCAAAGGCUUCACAGACCCAAGCAGGUGAUAAAAAUGAUUUAGAGGAGGUAGAGGAUGAUGACGAUGCAUCGGAAAUAAUGAUUACGGGGAAGAAGAAGCUGAAAUCUAAGAAGGGAGGGGAUAAGAGUGUCUCUUUUGUGACGAACUUUGGGUUGCUUGGAGAGGAAGAUAUUGAUGAGGGUGGUCAUGAUAAAGAUUUAGUAGUAACUGGUGAUAAUGAUAGUGAUGGAGAGGAUGAUCAUUUGGCAAGCUUUAAGGGCAAGAAGAAAGGCUCUAAGAAGAAAGGCAACAAGAGUGGUGGUAGUUUGUUUUCUGCAUCAGCUUUUGAUGCUAUUGAUGAUGACAAUAUGGGUGAGGUGAUUGACAAAGGGGAGGACGAUAAAGAUGAUGACCAGCCUGGGAUUGUUUUCACAGGGAAGAAGAAGCCGUCCAAGAGCAGCAAAAGGGGUGGUAGUGUGUUCUCAGCAGCUAAGGAGCUUAAUGAUGGGGAUGGAAUUGGUGAUGGGCAAAAGGAGGAGAAAAAUGAUGAUGAUGAAAAUGAGGACGAUGAACCUAUUAGCUUCUCAGGUAAGAAAAAGAGGUCGUCAAAGUCUUCUAAGAAAAAUAUUACCCCCUUUAGUGCAGAUUUGGUUGACGAGGGAAAUGAUGAAGAGGCCACUGUUUCUGAAUCUGUUAAAACUAGUGAUGACACCGUUGAGGAUGAAGAUGCAACAGUAAUUGCAUUUUCAGGUAAGAAGAAAUCCUCUAAGAAGAAAGGCAGUACUGUUUCUGCUAGAUUGAGUCAUGAAGCUGAGGUUGGGAGUGAUUCUAUGCGUGUGGGUGAAGGUGAACAACUGAGUAUGGCUGACAGCUAUGUUGAACCUAUUGAUAAUACAGUCAAUAUGGCAGAGACUUCAAAGAACAAAAAGAAGAAGAAGAAGAGUGGAAAGACUGCUCAAGAAGAAGACGAGUUGGAAAAAAUUCUUGCAGAGCUUGGUGAGGGGCCUCCCAUAGCAAACGCUUCUCAGCUACCUCCUGAAGAGGAGAAGAUUCAGGUCCCAGCUGAACCAGUUCUCUCUGGUGAUGCUGUAAGGGAGAAGGAAGGCGAGGAAGAAACAGGGGAAUCGGCAGCGGCAAAGAAGAAGAAAAAGAAGAAAGAGAAGGAGAAGGAAAAGAAAGCAGCAGCUGCAGCUGCUGCUGCAGAGGGAAAGGAAGAAAAACUGGAAGAAGUUAAAGUCGAGACAACAGUACCCAAAAAGAGUAAUGCAAAUAGUAAAGCAGCAGAAAAAAAGCUGCCAAAGCACGUGAGGGAGAUGCAAGAGGCACUUGCGAGGAGGAAAGAAGAAGAAGAGAGAAAAAAGAGGGAAGAAGAGGAGAGGUUGAGGAAGGAAGAAGAGGAACGGCGCCGGCAGGAAGAACUUGAGAGGCUAGCAGAAGAGGCAAGGCGAAGAAAGAAAGAAAGGGAGAAGGAGAAGCUCUUAAAGAAGAAACAGGAGGGGAAGCUUUUAACUGGCAAGCAGAAAGAAGAAGCUCGUCGGUUGGAGGCUAUGAGGAACCAGAUUUUGGCUAAUGCAGGUAUGCCUCUACCCAGUGCAGACAAAGAAGGAGCACCAUCAAAACGACCCAAGUAUCAGUCAAAGAAACCUAAACCUUCCAACCAGCAUGCAAAUGGUGCUGUCUCUGUUAGUGCAGUGGAAAAUAUGGAGGACAAGGAAACACAGAAAGAAUUGCAGGUCUCGGUGGCUGACCAGGACCAAGAAGAAACAGAAAAGCUUCAAGAAGUUGAGUUGAUAGUUGUUGAAGAGAAACAAGAAGUUCCCAAUACAGCUGAGGAUAAUGGAAUGGAAGAAGAAGAUGAUGAUGAGGAAGAAUGGGACGCAAAGAGUUGGGAUGAUGUUAAUCUUAAUGUAAAGAGUGCAUUCGAUGAUGAAGAGGUUGAUUCUGAGCCUGAACCAGUGGUGAAGAAAGAGAUUAAGAAUGGUAUACCAGCUCUGCGUGAUGGAGUGGCUGCCAAACUAACAGCUGCAGCUAAAAAAGUGCCCUCAUCCCAGCUAGCUGAAUCUCAGAAUACUGAAAAUAGGAAAAACCAGCCUGAGUUCGGAUUUACCACCAAUCCUAAGAGAACAGAUAAUGCUGAGAAAAAUAAAGCACAAACUUCAGAUGUUGCUGUCAAACAGGGUGAAGAAGACCUCCGUUCUCCAAUUUGUUGCAUAAUGGGUCAUGUUGAUACGGGUAAAACCAAGUUACUGGAUUGUAUUAGGGGCACCAAUGUUCAGGAAGGUGAGGCUGGAGGUAUCACCCAACAAAUUGGUGCGACAUACUUUCCUGCAGAGAAUAUACGGGAGAGGACUAAGGAAUUGAAAGCUGACGCAAAAUUGAAGGUGCCUGGUUUGUUGGUUAUUGAUACUCCAGGCCAUGAGUCUUUUACCAAUCUACGAUCUCGAGGUUCAAGUUUAUGUGAUAUUGCAAUAUUGGUUGUUGACAUAAUGCAUGGCUUAGAGCCGCAGACCUUAGAGUCAUUGGAUCUUCUGACAAGCAAGAAAACUGAAUUUAUCGUUGCAUUGAAUAAGGUGGACAGGCUGUAUGGGUGGAAACCAUGCCGCAAUGCCCCCAUUGUUAAGGCAAUAAAGCAACAGUCUAAAGAUGUGCAAAAUGAAUUUAAUAUGAGGCUUUCAGAUAUUAUAUAUCAGUUCAAGACAAAAGGGAUAAAUACUGAACUAUACUACAAAAAUAAAGAAAUGGGUGAAACUUCCAGUAUUGUACCAACAAGUGCGAUCAGUGGAGAAGGAAUCCCUGAUUUGUUAUUAUUAUUGGUUCAAUGGACUCAGAAAACAAUGAUUGAAAAACUCACAUUCAGUAAUGUUAUGCAGUGUACGGUGUUGGAGGUCAAGGUUGUUGAAGGCCAUGGGACGACAAUUGAUGUAGUGUUAGUUAAUGGUGUGCUUCAUGAAGGGGAUCAAAUAGUUGUUUGUGGCUUGCAGGGACCUAUUGCUACAACAAUUCGAGCUUUACUCACACCACAUCCAAUGAAGGAACUUCGAGUCAAGGGAACAUACUUGCAUCACAAAGAAAUUAAGGCUGCACAGGGUAUCAAGAUCACUGGACAGGGUCUUGAGCACGCUAUUGCAGGAACUGGAUUAUACAUUGUAGGGCCUGGUGAUGAUUUGGAAACUGUGAAGGAAGCAGCCAUGGAAGACAUGCAAUCUGUCAUGAGCCGGAUUGACAAAAGUGGUGAGGGUGUUUAUGUACAAGCAUCCACACUUGGUUCACUAGAGGCACUGCUGGAGUUUUUGAAGAGCGAUGCAGUGAAGAUUCCAGUCAGUGGUAUAGGCAUAGGUCCUGUUCAUAAAAAAGAUGUCAUGAAGGCCAGUGUAAUGCUUGAGAAGAAAAAGGAGUAUGCUACUAUCUUGGCAUUUGAUGUGAGGGUGACACCUGAGGCUCGGGAACUUGCUGAUGAACUGGGUGUGAAGAUUUUCAUUGCUGAUAUCAUUUAUCACUUAUUUGAUCAAUUCAAAGCAUAUAUUGACAGUAUCAAGGAGGAAAAGAAGAAGGAAGCUGCAGAUGAAGCGGUCUUUCCUUGUCUUCUUAAGAUAUUACCAAACUGCAUUUUCAACAAGAAGGAUCCAAUUGUGUUGGGAGUUGAUGUUCUUGCAGGGAUCGCUAAGGUUGGGACUCCAAUUUGUAUUCCACAACAAAAUUUUAUUGACAUUGGACGGAUUGCUUCUAUUGAGAAUAACCAUAAGCCAGUUGAUUAUGCCAGGAAAGGCCAGACAGUGGCCAUUAAGAUAGUUGGCACAAAUCCUGAGGAGCAACAGAAAAUGUUUGGCAGGCAUUUUGAGGUUGAUGAUGAGCUUGUUAGCCGCAUCUCAAGAAGAUCAAUUGAUAUUCUUAAAGCUAAUUACAAGAAUGAUCUGGUUAAAGAGGAGUGGAUGUUGCUUGUGAAACUGAAGAAUCUGUUCAACAUACCAUAAAUUGCAUCGAUGAAUUCGGUUCCUCUGAUUUGCAAAGUUGGAGACAUGAGUAAAGUAUUAUGGGUAAGGUUGAACGUUAAACAGAGAUUUCCUUCGCGGAUACCAGGUGCAAAAAAGAGGGAUCAUAGAAACCUUGUCUAAGUAGCCAAAUCAAUUUUGUAUUUCAAAUCAUUAAUAAUAUAUUUGGAGUUGCUUUACUUGUUCGGUAAUACUUGAUGUUUCUACUUUGUAACAUUCAUUGAAGCUCAAUUGUCUGGGAUUAGAGAAACAGGCGAUGAUAUGAUGAAACUUGUUUUCCUGAAUGUUGGGUGAUUGCAAUAUUUUGUCCACAGAGGUGAUUGCAAAUAAUACUCUUUGGUUGUGUUUUGUUCUA